UAGUCGGACCAAUCAACUUUAAACCAAAAUGUUCAAGAUUAUGCUUGUUUGCGCUCUUGCCGCCCUUGUGGCCGCCAACGAAAAUGCCGAUGUCGUCCGUCUGGUGUCUGAGGUUAAUCCCGAUGGCUUCAAGACUGACUUGGCUCUUUCCGACGGAACAGUCCAGCAAGCUGUUGGUGAUGUCCAUGGCAACAUCGAUGGUAGCUUCGAGUGGAUCUCCAAGGAGGGUGAACACAUCCGUGUCCAAUACAAGGCCGAUGAGAAUGGAUACCAGCCCCAGAGCGAUGUCCUGCCCACUCCACCACCAAUCCCAGAUGCUAUUGUCCGCGCCAUCGCAUGGAUUGCUGCCCAUCCCAGCAAGGAUGCUCACUAAAUUAGUCCGACUCUAAGCCCCAUUGAACAUUUAACUAAAUCAGUUGAUAAAUAAAUUAGAAUCUUAUGCAAGCAAUUUAA